UUGGGAGCCAAUAAACAGGGCCUCGCAUGAGCCCGGGUGAGGAGCGCGCGGGGAGCCGAGGGCAGGUAGCACUUGUCUCCCUAAUGGAGAGGCGGCGCUCCUUCGUCUGCAACAGGCCAUGGAGGCGUAGUAGGAGCUGGGGAAGCGGGAGAGGUGGGGCUGCGUGCGGUCGGAGCAUGAGCAGAAACCACCUACCUUCUUGACUGUUGGACCCACUAUUACUCUUGUCUGCUCAAUCCGCUGGAGCCUAUCUUCACAUGUAAAGGAAGUCCAUAACUCACCGAGGGUUUGAAAGCCAUCAGCUGCCCUCAUCUGGAUUAGCCGGCCAGUCGAAGCCAUUUCCUGGGGAGCGACCCCUAUUGCAUGCUGACAACUUCCAGAAGCCACAGAAUUAAAACUCAGAUUCAAUCAUGAAGAAAUUUAUGGUAGUGGAACCUGUGGUUGCCUUGUUCAUGUUUUUAUAUUCCAUGCCGUUGAUGCAGCAGUAUGUAUAUCGGAAGCUCUGGGAGGAGACCACCAAUUCCACCUUCGAUAAUGACAAUGCUUCUCAUUGCCAUGUGAACCAAAGCGACCCAACUUUCUUGAAGCAAAAGGAAGUCCAAGAAAAAAUCUCUAUUUUUAUCUUGAAAACAGACCUGUGCGGGGGUGCCCUCAGCAUUUUGGUGGCCUUUGUCGUCGUAGCAAAUGGAGAACGCUGGGGGCGCAAAGUAUCGCUGGUUCUUCCUAUGGUGGGGUCUCUCGUGAGCAGCAUCUUCCUUUGCGCUAUAUCCUAUUUCUCCCUGCCCCUCUCUCUCCUAUUCAUUUCGGCCUCCAUUACUGGGCUGUUUGGAAGCUUAGCAACCUUCCUCGGCGGUGCCUUUUCCUACAUAGCUGACCUUUGUGAGAAUGAGAAGCAGAAUACCAUCCGAAUAGCAGUGAUCGACUUCAUCCUUGGAGUAGCCUCUGGAUUGGGAGGACUGUCUUCAGGCUACAUUUUAAAAGCUUUGGGCUUUACCUGGACAUACGUGGUGAUGUCACUGCUUCAGGUGGUCAACAUUCUGUAUGUUACAUGUUUCUUGGAUGACACGGUCCGGGUAUGUGAUGUUGAGCCAAAGUCUCUGAAAGAAAAGCUCAAGGAAACCUUUUCUGGAGUUUAUGACUUAUUUCGGAAUUCUUCUGGUAGGAAGCGAACUCUGAUCACAUUGUUGCUUUGUACAUUCAUGACUUACUUGUUCACAAUGAUUGGCGCGCUUUCUCUUUACACCAUCUAUGAACUGAAUGCCCCGCUCUGCUGGAAUGCCAUCUACAUAGGAUAUGGCUCGGCUGCAUCUACUGUUGUCUCUUUGAUUGGCUUUCUAGGAAUCCUUGUCCUUGUCAAGUACCUAAAGGACUUUUACCUUGUUUACCUCGGGAUCUUCUCUUACAUAGGAGGAGCUGUCAUGGCUGCCUUUGCCAACACUACGUUGCUGAUGUUUUUAGUGAGAGUGCCUUCCCUGCUACUUGCUAUGCCCAUUCCAGUCCUUCGAUCCAUGUUGUCCAAAUUAGUUCUUCCUAAUGAACAAGGAGCUAUAUUUGCUUGCAUCGCCUGCUUAGAGGUCGUGAUGGGGACUCUUGCACUUGUCACGUUCAAUAGUCUUUAUGCUGUGACUGUGGGCUGGUUCCCAGGCUUCUCCUUCCUCUUCUCAGCUGGCCUUUGCAUAAUUCCACUGAGCACACUGAGCUGGUUUCUCUAUGCCACUUGGCAUGAAUAUCACUUUGCACUACUUAUAAAUGAAGAAGACUCCCUUGGGGAGAAUGCUGACAGCUGAACAGAGAAUUUGUCUAAUGGCUAGCCCUCCUCUCCUGUUCUUCUAUCAUGGCCAUACCUGUUGACUCUAUUGGCACUGCUAAAGAAGGAUCUGAUGUGUCCGUUGUUAGAUCUCUACAAGAAUUGACCACCCCAGGUUUGCUGCUGUCCUUGAUGGUACAUAGGAUGCUGCACAAAGCGGUAGCAGGGAAGAGAGUCGUGAAUGGUGUUUUCAGUCUGUUGCUAUUCUGGGGCGGGAUUCAAUCACAAACUGGCAAAUUCGCAAUGACAGUUGAUUGGGAGGUCCUGCUUUCUCAAAACAAACCUUUCUCAAAACAACAGGCUUUUUGCAGUAAGGAAAGUGAUGGGGAAAUGGACUGGACACAACGUUGUCUAGCCUCUCCACAAACAAAUCAGGGUGAAUGCUCACUAAAUAGCCAAUGUAGCAAACAGAUCAGGAAUGAAUGCUCAGUAAACAGAUUGUCUGGAAGCACCCAAAGCACUGUCUUGGUUGUGCUGUUUCAAAGGCAGUAGGCAAUUGGCCAGUGCUGAAACAGGAGUGAUAUCAGAACUGGGAUCAGGCCCUUGAUAUCUUGGUUCACCUGUGCAUGGCUGUUAAUGUUUCAGUGCAAUCAGUAGCAGAUAGUGUGGUGCUGCUGCUCACCUGAACUCAGGUUGGUUGUCGCUCCUGCUUACUGGAAAGGGCAAGGCAUCACCGUGUUUGGACACAUUUCUGUUCUUUCAUCAUUUUGAAAUGCCCUGGCCUUUUGAGUUUCAGAAUUCAGCGGCUCCUGUAUUAAUCAGACUUUCUUGUGUACACCAGCAUGUCUGUGAUGCAUACCUACUUGCAGGAAGUGGAAAGAUGGGCAGCAGCGACGCUACUCCCUCAGCAAGGAAAUAAUGCACUUAAUUUGCAUGCAGUGCAAUCUUAUAUGUGACUAUUCAGAAAUAAGCCCCAUUGGGUUCAGUAUGACUUACCUACAGGAUUGAACUAUUAUACAGUUGCACCUUGGUUUUUGAACACAAUGCAUUCUGGAAGUCCAUUCGACUUUCGAAACAUUUGGAAACCAAGGCUCGGCUUCCGAUUGCGUAGGUGCACCAGAAACAAUAGCGGAA